CGCAUCGCGGAGGCAGGGUCGCCACAACACUCACAGCUCCGGAGGUUGGCCGAGGUGGUCACACAUUCAGACCUGCAGUCUUGAUGGGUACCCUAUCUGCUGCUGCUGGUUUUGUUUAAAAACCAAGGAUUUGGUUGUGCAUACCUAUCAGCCCGAAGCUUCUGCUGAUGCCAUGGUGAAAAACACAGUGGUGGCUCUACCUUCUUCAACCUCUCUGUGAAAAUCUGACGGAUAAUACAUUUGCUCAUCUCUCACCCUCUGUAAAGAUGUCAGAGCCUGACUCGGCCUCUGGAUUUUCAGGAAAUGUGGAGAACGGAACUUUCCUUGAGCUGCAUCCCACAUCACUGUCCACGUCAGUGGACCCUUCCUCCGGCCACCUGUCGAAUGUCUAUGUCUAUGUGUCCAUCUUCCUCAGCCUCUUAGCCUUUCUGCUUCUGCUGUUAAUCAUUGCCCUCCAGAGGCUCAAAAAUAUCAUCUCCUCCAGUUCCUCUUACCCUGAGUAUCCAAGUGAUGCUGGAAGUUCCUUCACCAACUUAGAAGUCUGUAGUAUUUCCUCUCAAAGGUCCACUUUUUCCAACCUUUCAUCCUAA